AUGGCGACAGACGACCACUCCCACUCGCGCAUCGAGCUCUAUGAAUCGGGGUUGACGGUCCCGUCGGAUUCUGAAAACUACUCGGCCAACAAUGAGCUUUCCUCGUCGACUUCAAGCUCGCCCCUGAUUCUCUACAAGCCCCCGACGCUCUGGGGCUUCCUGCGAGGUGCAGCGAUCAACCUGGUCCUGCCCUUUGUGAACGGAUUGAUGUUGGGAUUUGGUGAACUUUUUGCACAUGAGGCGGCCUUCAGACUAGGCUGGUCCAAUACUAAGAUCUUCCCUACCUACCGACGGUCGAGACCGUUGAGCCCCGGCGUGCAGGCUCGAGCUCUGUGA